AUGGAGGUGUCGUGCGACAUUGAGAUGAUACGCGAUCCAGACUCGCGGAAGUCCAACAUCACCUAUGUGGCGCGUCACAUAGAGGAUGCGUUGACAUCACAACGUGAGUACCGUGAUGGCUGUGGUGUCAACUGUCGUCAGGCGAUGGCGCGAUCCUGCUGUUUCUGGUUCGGUAAACGCUACGGCAACUACCUUAUUUGCCUUUACCUCAUCACCAAAGCCCUGUACAUAUUCAACGUGGUUGGGCAAUUUUUUUUAAUGAACCGAAUAUUGGGCACGAACUACACCUUCUAUGGCCUCGACCUCAUUCGCGAUAUUGCCGAGGGUUAUCUCUGGGAGGAGUCGGGCAAUUUCCCUCGCAUCACGCUUUGCGAUUUCGAGAUCCGCAAACUGGCCAAUAGCCAUCGCUAUACUGUCCAAUGCGUCCUUCCUAUAAAUAUGUUCAAUGAAAAAAUUUUCAUAUUCCUUUGGUUUUGGUUCAUCCUUGUCUCCGCUGUAAGCAUUAGCUCCUUCCUCUACUGGUCCUACAAGUCUAGCUUCCGGUCUAAUCGAAUUCACUUCAUCCGAAAGUUUCUCAAACUACGGGACUCCCUUGAGCCGGGUGAAAAGAAACGCAGCUAUGCUUUUGUGGACUCCUAUCUUCGUCAAGACGGUGUUUUUAUUCUUCGUCUUGUGGCUCAAAAUGCUGGUGAAUUAGUAGCCUCAGAGAUUGUGGAGAAAUUGUGGCAAAUGUUUAAACGACGUCAAUCCAUACCAGUCACUGAGAAGGCAAGAACUAAUGAGGUCGGUUGGAAAUCGGGUGUUUCAGGACACUCGCACAUUCACUCUCCACCAAUGCGCGUCCCUCGAAGCUCCGAGCUGUCUCCUACAUCCAUUACCUCACCCACCGUCAACGCUCCAUCACUUCAUGGAUCGAAGCAUCCCUUCGGAAGCGGAUUGCCUCCUCCUCCAUCUGUGCCUCCAUCACAGUAUGCUAUGCCUCCUCCACUUCCCCCACCACCAGGCAGCGCUGCAUCCGCAUCAAACAGCGUCGUCAGUGGUUCCACUUCAAGCAACACUCAGAGCACUGAGAGAUCCAAGAGCGGCUCUAAACACUCCUCCCUGCCUUCAAAAAAACUCGGCGUUAAAAGAAACUUCGCUAACCGUACAAUUGAGGAGGACCCCGGCGAGUUCGUUUAA